AGGCUAUACACCAUCUUUACUUUAUAAUCUUUUAGCAUGCUUUGGAUGUUUAUCAUUUUAGUGCAUGUUUCAAAAGUCUAAAUGUUUUAGAUAGAAAAGGUUAAUGGAGGCUGAAGACAGGAUGUGUUGAUGACUUCAAACUGAUAUGUAUCUGAAUGAGUGAUGACUUGAUUUAUAAAUUAGAACUCUUUGCAGUCAAACAAAUCUCUCCGAGCAGCUUUUUAUUGCACUUUGCAUGAACAUGUAUAUACAUUUUCAUCUUUCCUUAAUGUUUUACUAACUAUCUGAGGCGAUGUUAACUCUGCUGUGUCCUCUGCAGAGGGCGAAACUGCUCUUACAUCCUGAACGCACUCAAAAGGUCACAGUAGUCGGUGGUUUUGGUAUAAUCCUGACCAUAAGUCCGUAUGGAGGGAGGGGAGGCUUUACAAGACCCUGGAUGUCUAUGGAGAAUUACUCUAAUCUAAACUUUAUCUUUUUCUUGCAUUAUCAUGUCGAUGCUUGUUGCUUCACCUCUGUCCUGGUUUCCUCUCAUGAGGGUCUUGUGACUAGUUCGUAAUGUCACUGUGAUGUGAGCCAAGGAUGGCUUGUUUCUUGGCACUGUAUCCUGGCAGCACAACUGCCCUCCAGUGAUCUAUAAAUAAUGUUACCACUGACCCACACAGUCCACCGUCAUUAACCCCCACAGACUGAGAGGAACAUUGAGUCAGUGGGAUAAAUUCAGUAGAUGAAAAGUCCUGUGACUUAUUGGAGGAAUGUUUUACUCCUCAGGUAUCAGUGCAGUGCAGGUCGGCCAUCUUUCCUUUGACCUGGAUUAACGAGAGUACUGAUGUACUCGCAGCUUCCUUCUAUAUUAAGACACAAGUCUCGUGGACACUUCCCACCCUCUGCGAAGGACAAGCUAGAAUAUGACCUUUCAUUAAGAACAACUAAUUUGCUUCUUACAAAGAGUUACCAACUAUCAGAAAGAUGGCCGGCCCUUUCACACGUAUGAUCUCCGGACGCAACACGGCUGUGCUGUUGGCCAGCUUGGGCGCGGGAACGGUGGCGACUGGUUUCCUGUUGAGUGAAAACUCUCUCGCUGCUGAUGCGAGGACGAAGCUCUAUCCUCCAAGCUCCGACUUCCCCGACCUGAGGAAACACAACAACUGCAUGGCCAAGGCUCUGACUCCAGCCAUUUAUGGCAAACUGAGGGACAAGGUCACCCCCAACAACUGGACUCUGGACCAGAGCAUCCAAACCGGAGUCGACAACCCGGGACACCCUUUCAUCAAGACGGUGGGCUGUGUGGCUGGUGAUGAGGAGACCUACGAGGUGUUUGCUGAACUCUUUGACCCCAUUAUCAAAGACAGGCACAACGGCUACGACCCCAGAUCCAUGACCCACCACACUGACCUGGAUGCCUCCAAGAUAACUAACGGCGUGUUUGACGAUAAGUACGUCCUGUCGUCCCGUGUCCGGACUGGCCGCAGUAUCCGCGGGCUGAGCCUCCCCCCGGCCUGUUCAAGGGCCGAGCGCCGUGAGGUGGAGCGGGUGGUUGUGACGGCUCUGGCCGGCCUGAAGGGAGACCUGUCCGGACGCUACUACGGUCUGGAAGACAUGACGGAGAAGGAGCAGCAGCAGCUCAUCGAUGACCACUUCUUGUUUGACAAGCCUGUCUCUCCACUGUUGACAUGUGCCUUUAUGGCCAGAGACUGGCCAGACGCCAGGGGCAUCUGGCACAACAAUGAGAAGACCUUCCUGAUCUGGGUGAAUGAGGAGGACCACACCAGAGUCAUCUCCAUGGAGAAGGGAGGCAACAUGAAGAGAGUGUUUGAGAGAUUCUGCAGAGGACUCAAACAGGUGGAACACCUGAUCCAGGAGAGAGGCUGGGAGUUCAUGUGGAACGAGCGUCUGGGCUACAUCCUCACAUGUCCCUCCAACCUGGGCACCGGCCUCAGGGCGGGCGUGCAUGUGCGUCUGCCAAAUCUCAGCAAGGACCCGCGUUUCUCCAAAAUCCUUGACAACCUGCGGCUGCAGAAAAGAGGCACAGGUGGAGUGGACACGGCUGCUACCGGAGACACCUUUGACAUUUCCAACAACGACCGUUUGGGCAAAUCUGAGGUGGAGCUGGUCCAGCUAUUGGUGGAUGGGGUCAACCACCUGAUUGAGUCUGAGAAGAAGCUGGAGAAGGGACAAGACAUCAAAGUCCCAGCUCCCAUUGCUCAGUUCAGGAAGUAAACGCUGGACUCUUCAUGGCAUCAGUAGGAGGGCAGCUCUCUGCUCGGAGCUCCUUCCCAAACCUCAGAAAGACGUCUGUCUACUGCUGCAGGUGGUUUCUUUAUUUCUCCAACAAAGAUUACACACCUUUAGGAUAAUUUAAUUUCAGGGAUGGACUUGUAGUUAGCUGGAAUUCUACCUCAAGUUUAAUCAUCACUGUAUCCCUGACUUCAAUAAAGCCAUCAGUAUUUAACACUUUGA